GUCGUAUAUAAGCGGAUUCCGAAGUGUUUAUGUCGGCAGUUGACAGAAGCGUUUAUGUAUAUGACCGAUCAUAAGUCACCACACCCAGUGACCGCCGGAUUGUCGGUUUUAGUAUUUAACAGUUUCUAGUUCGGAUGAUUGUUCGCGCGUCGUCGCGUUGGAGUGGUGUGCCUCGGUUGAAAGGCCUGCCGAAAGGACAGGGCUCCGCGCUCGAGGACAGUUUGCGGCCCUCCGCUCUGAGGAAUCAUGGAGUGCUGCAUGUCAGAAGAAGCCAAAGAACAGAAAAGAAUCAAUCAAGAGAUAGAGCGGCAACUCCGAAAGGACAAAAGAGAUGCCAGGAGAGAACUCAAACUGCUCCUGCUCGGUACUGGCGAGUCAGGCAAGUCAACAUUUAUCAAGCAGAUGAGAAUCAUCCACGGCUCCGGCUACAGCGACGAUGACAAGCGUGGAUUUAUCAAGCUCGUCUAUCAGAACAUCUUUAUGGCGAUGCAAAGUAUGAUACGCGCUAUGGAUCUACUCAAAAUACAAUACGGGAAUCCGUCCAAUGUAGAAAAGGCGGAGUUGAUAUCAUCGAUUGACUUUGAGAGUGUAACAACAUUCGAAAGCCCAUACGUGGAGGCAAUCAAGGCGCUAUGGUCCGACUCCGGCAUACAAGAGUGUUACGAUCGCAGGCGAGAGUACCAGCUCACCGAUUCAGCCAAAUACUACUUGCAGGAGAUCGACCGCGUGGCGGCGCCCAAUUACUUACCAACCGAACAGGACAUCCUCCGUGUGAGAGUCCCCACAACGGGCAUUAUAGAAUACCCAUUUGAUUUGGAGGAGAUACGAUUUAGUUAUCUAAGCGAUCUGGCAAGAAUUGAGAAGGACGACUAUCUUCCUACCGAACAGGAUAUCCUCCGAGCUCGACAGCCAACUACGGGCAUUCUUGAGUAUCCCUUUGAUCUAGACGGAAUCAUAUUUAGGAUGGUGGACGUCGGGGGCCAAAGAUCCGAGCGAAGGAAGUGGAUUCACUGUUUUGAAAAUGUCACAUCUAUCAUAUUCUUAGUAGCUCUUAGUGAAUAUGAUCAAAUUUUAUUCGAGUCUGAAAAUGAGAACCGAAUGGAGGAGUCAAAAGCGUUGUUCAAGACGAUCAUCACCUACCCUUGGUUCCAGCAUUCAUCUGUGAUCCUUUUCUUGAACAAGAAGGACUUGCUUGAAGAGAAGAUCAUGUAUUCGCAUCUUGUCGACUAUUUUCCAGAAUACGAAGGUCCGCAACGCGACGCGAUCGCAGCGCGCGAGUUCAUACUGCGGAUGUUCGUUGACCUUAAUCCAGACGCGGAUAAAAUCAUCUAUUCACACUUUACUUGUGCGACAGACACUGAAAACAUCCGUUUCGUGUUCGCCGCAGUCAAAGACACAAUCCUACAAUCCAACCUUAAGGAGUACAACCUCGUCUAAGCGUAACCAACGUGGUCACUGACACAAAUCUGUGAUUGUGUAUAACACAUAAUUUAAACAUCAUCACUUCACGACAGAAUGUGUAAAUUCACGAACUGAGAUCGGAUGGACGAACUUAUUCACCUUAAAAUGUUUAAUGAGAAAGUAAGGAUAGAUUGUAAGUCAUUUAACCCAAAACUAGCAUCAGGUCGGGGCGCGGUCGGCGGCCGGCCGCGCCCCCUCGUCGGGCAACAUUCGUUCUCGAUCCGUCGCUCCGAACGGAUCACUUCACGACGCGUCAGGUUUUUUGACAUGUUUUUUUAUGAUGAAGUUAUUCACAAUUUAUGUAUGUGUCUGUAUCGGUGAAUAUUAAAUUGUGCAUUUUAAAAGUUAUGGUAAGUCGUGGCCUUACCAUGAGCUGCUUUUAGUCAUUGUUUUAGGGUUUUGUAAAGUUUGUUGCCAUAAUAUCUUUCUACAUUAGUAUACAUUUUAUUAUGUCCAGACGGAUGGAUUGAACAAACUAGUCCAAUGAACUUACGCGUGUUUUAUAUCACCCUCGUGGGUCGAGACAGGACUUCCUACUGAUGUAUCGAUCGGGAUGCUUCCGUGAAACUAUUUCGUAUUUAUUUAAGUUAUGAAACGUCUCGUAGAAGUGCGAUCGAUCCAGAGCUUUUUGUGGGUCAGAAGGAGAGGGAGGGUUGAAAUAGAUAGAUGGCUCGAUCUGGACUUCGUCGACAUCACUGAGCUCGCAAUUUGUUUUUAGACAUCGCAUCGCAUACAAAGCUCAAGUUUUACUUCCAUGACCAUGACUGAAGUGUGUCCAUGCCUCAGGUAUGUCGAACGUAGCACCAGUAUACUAAAGAUAGCAUCUUCUAAGUAACCACCUCUCUCCACUGAUAGAAUGAAGUUUUAAUAUACAUUAUAAUAUCAUUACCGUUUGUUCUGUUAGCUUGGGAGAUUUAUAUAUUUAUUAAUUGUAUUUAAAGAUUACUUUUGUACAUUGGAAAUUUUGUUACUUGAAUAUAUGUUAUUAUUUAAGCUGUUUAUAUUUAAAUAUGGUGUUUUUCUACACGAAUUGACUUCACGCAAAAUGUUUUACGUUAACUGUAGGCUUUGUGUACGCAGUGGUCUGGUGUAUUUGGUUCUUUCCUAAUGUUAUCCGUGUAUGAGAAUUCCAUUCAGCUAGCCGUAUGUCAAGUAUAGGGAAAUACUACGUUAGUUGUUUAAGGACAUUUUUGAUGCAUUUGAUAUAAACUUUUUUUACUAGAAACCCAAGGGAUACAAUAAAGCGAAUGUGAAUUGUAAAAACCGAAACCAAAUGUUUUUUGCACGAAAGCUUUUACCACAUGAAUGUAAUAUAUUGUACAUUUGGGUCUAAAUGUGCUGAGUGAAUUGAGCCGACAGUUCCGUGCCAAGUUUUGCUAUUGGCAAUUUUUUUAUUGUAAACGUAAAGCACAAACUAUAAAUAUGUUUAUAAUUGUUUUCCAUAUUUUAGAGUAUUUUAUUGUAAUAUGCUUAAUUUAGUGUGUUGCUUCGUGUUACAUUUUAGUUGUUUACGUAUAGUAAGAAACAAAGUUUCUAUUUUGAUGAUAUAUUUAUAUAUAACCUUUAACUUAUUCGUUGUUGUGUCUUUACUUUAUACAUUCUUAUUCUCUAAGCAUAUCGGAACAGGUUAAGCGCAUUGUGGCAUUCGAUACUGUCAAUAGCAAAACUGUAUGCUUUAAUUAAAAUACAGCUGUCAGAAAUGCUCAAAAUAAAGUGAAAUUGAUACUUAGCGCACAAUAUUGGAAAACUUUCUAUUAAUGUUACCCACUGAAGUGCAAUCUCUGUGUAUGCCCUGUACAUAGAAACUAUAUUUCUUUUGUGCAAUUGUACAGCAAUAUUGUGAACUAGUUUUUGGGCCCGGAGCGGCCGGCGUGGCCGCCGCAGGCUUGGGCGUAGGCGGAAGCGAGUGCGGGCGCGGGGGCGACUCGUGUGCUUUGUGAAACAAAUCGUGAGUUGUCGUUUUCGGCUGUAUUUAUACUAAGAUGCGGGUGGUUUGUGAAUUAGAUAAGUUUUAUUGAAUCGAUUUAUAUUCGUAAGAUGAAUUUUAUUUAAACCCAGUGCGUGAUUCGGAUUAUUAAAUACAAUUAUACAAAGCACAUUGUAUUUUAUCGUAUGUGAGAGUAUGUGGGUGGUCGAAACGCCGCGCGCCCGCUCGCGCCGCGCAUUCGUAUCUUCCUUACGAAUGGACUGAAUACGUGUACUGGCGUGGUUCUUACCUGUUUGUUUUUACGGUUGGGCGAUGACUACACAAAAUAUUGCUAAACUAUAUUAUAGUCUAACGUUGCUUUACCUUUUGCGUGAGAUUGUGAGAAUUUUAGCUUAAGUUCCGACUGAAGAUGGAUGCCUGAAUGAAAUAUUGUAAAUUAUAAUUUCUCAUAAAAUAUAAUUUUUUUCAGCUAA